GAACGUAAACACGGAAGUUGCUGUGUAGAAAUUCGCUUGCCCUGCGUUAACUGUUUCAUACAGGGUCGAGUCUCUGUGAGAGGGUCAGGAUGGACAUGUCUCUGACGGUCUCCGUAGUUGUCGCUGUGCUUCUGUCGCAGGUGAACUGCGACUCCUUCCAGAUGACGAGAGUCAAAAACGCGAAGGUUUUGGGUUUUGACUGGGAGAACUGUGGACAGCCAGAUGCUCCAGCAGUGCUGAAGACCCUGACAGUGGCUCCAGACCCAAUCACUAUCCCAGGAGACCUGAAAGCCUCCGCAUCUGGAUCCACAUCUGUUGAACUUGCUGCCCCUCUGUCUCUGAACGUGACUCUGGAGAAGGAGGUGGCAGGUUUCUGGGUGAAGGUGCCUUGUGUGGAAGACCUGGGCAGUUGCCACUAUCAGGAUGCCUGUGAUCUCCUAAACCAGCUGAUCCCACCGGGUCAGGACUGUCCAGAACCACUGCACACCUAUGGCCUGCCCUGCCGCUGCCCCUUCAAAGCUGGCUCGUACUCUCUGCCUGAGUCCGACUUCUACCUUCCCUACUUGGAUCUGCCUUACUGGUUGACCAACGGGAACUACCGCGUUCAGGGAGACCUAGGCAGCGAGGGCAAAGAGCUGGGCUGCCUCAAGAUCUCCCUCUCCAUUCACUCCAACUGAUCUCACCUCAGAGAAACAGCCAGGAGCUUCACCUUUCUGUUAGUUUGCACAUAAAUGUGAUGAAAAUUGGGAAAUUGGAAAAGCAUAGGUUGCACAAGGCAAACAAAGUGAUUGAAUCUCAGAUUUUAAGGUGACAGAUUCUUUUGACAAACAUUUUAUCGACAUUCAUUUAAAAAAAAUCCUGCAUGGUAAUUAAGAGGUAUGUUUUUGUUUUGUUCUUUAAAAAUAAAAGUGGAAGAUCGAAGAUCAGAGAGGUAACUGUGAAUUUACUAACAAUCCUUUUUAAUGCCAAUAUAAGUUUUUCUGCUUUGUUCUCUGAAGUUUUUUUUUCCGUCUUGGGUAUCAUUUUGUAUAUUCUCUCAAUUUGCUUGAUCUUCUCUGAAGCCGGGUUUAAGGUGUAGGUUAUUUGGAUAUUUGAGGCUUUGAUUCUUUUGUUUGUUCAAAGUUUUUAUCAGUUCAUCCGGCAGGAAAGAUGUAAACAAAGCUGAGACUGAGAUGGCAAGAGUCAGUUUCUCUUUGAUUCCGUAAGUGAUUUCCUCCUCAAGGAUGUCAUAUCAGCAUUUAAUUUUUAUAAAUGUUUGGAUAGUAAUGACUUUGUUUCUGGUCAUGUGUAGAAGAAAAGGGUGUUUCAGCUCCAGAUGGAGGAGAUUUUCUUCCUUACUGACACACAUCUUCACUCAGAUACUUCAACAGCUGUGACAGACAUGUUUAUUGCCAAAUUUGAAGCCUUUAAUAAACAGUAUUUUGCUAUACCAGAGCCUAAUUUUGUUCCCAAGAACAAAAACACAAAUAAUCUAAAAAUGAUAGAACAAAGGGAAAAGAAAAGGUCGUACUUACACAGAAACGGUUGCAAAUAUUUCAUCAGACAUUCGUACAUUAACGUUGAACCACCUGAUGCUGGAUGUUUAUCCUCUGGACUUCAUUUUUCUAAAUGUUGAUAAAUUCCAGUUUGAAAAAAAAGACUCAUGUUGGAGCUCAUAACCAUAGUAUUCUCCCGUUUCUUAUAGAAAUAGGACUAAGAAUCUUUUGUAUGGCCAGAGUUUUAGUUGUAGAUUUGUUUUCUUAAUUUUGUUUUUGUCUUUCAUUAAACCUAAGCCAUGCUGAUGCAACAGUGAGAAGAGGUCUUCAUAUUUAAAAAAUGAAAUUGUUGGUUUCUUAGAGAAGUGCUCACGUGCAUGUGACAGGAAAAGAAACUGAGCAUCUGCUGGUAUUCCUGGGUUUUGAAUAUUCACAGAAUAUUUUUGAGUUUUCAUCACUUUGUGCAGCUAAACUUGGUCUAUGUUUUUAAAUGAAUUGUUUAUUUUGAUGAUCACAUGUCUUUAUUUUAUAAUGGGGAAGUUUGUUAUUAGUAUGACAAAUAAUUUAAAUUUCUACUUAUUCUGCUAAAGUGCCUCAUCAGAUCCUUUAGGUAGGGAAACUAUUGAGUUCUGGAGAUUUUAGAAUAAUUAAAGAAGUUACCAAAUAGUUUGUUUUUAAGGUGAUAAAAGAUCAUUUAAUUGCAACAACUUUUAAUAAACUAUUUCACAAGUUA